GGUGUUGGUAAAACAUUGGACAUGUGGUAAAAUCAGUGUCGGCUGUCUGCAAGAAGCAAAACAAGCACAACACAACACCAAACAACACAGCACAACACAGCACCAGCACACCAGCAGCAGCACCACCUUGUUCUCCUUGUGCUUGUUCGUGACAUCGUGAGCAGAGCCAUGGGUGACGCUUCUGCAUUGCACAUCUUGGCCAAGGAAGGCGACACAAAGACCUUGUCACAGGCGUUGAAGUCUGCAGACGCAAAUGUUGUGGACGGUGACGGCAUGCGGCCGCUGCACUACGCAGCGUGGUAUGGCCACCCGGGAUGCAUCCAAGCUCUGCUGAGCGCAGGCGCAGAGAUUGAUGCGCAUGACUACGAUGGCGCGACCGCACUGCACGCAGCCGCAUACAACGGGCAGCUGAACACAGCGCUGCUGCUGGUGGAGCAAGGCGCAGACGCAACCAUCACCGACAACAACAACGAGACAGCAUGUGAGGUGGCUGUGGAGGAGGGGCAUGAGCUCGUGGCGAAAUUCCUCAAGCUGGCCGAGGAAGACCACAAGGCGGACAAAGUGAUGCAGCGAAUGGAGAAGGCGCUGGCAGAGGCAAAGGAGAAGGCAAAGGCCGCACGCAGCGAAUACGCAAAGGGCCACAAGGAGGCCAAGAAGACGGUGGCUGAGCUGGAGAAGGAGGCGCGCAAGCAGGCAAAGAAGACGCUCAAAGCGAAGAAGAGAAAGAAGUCCAAAGGCGGUGAUGUACCCGAGGCAGGACCCGUCGAGAAGGGGGCCGCCCCAACAUCAUUCUCGCAGCUUGCGGGGAUGUCUGGCGCCCCCGCCUCAACCUCAUCGCCAGCCCGCCCCCAGCGCCGCCGCACAUCCUCAACGGACAACGGCAGCACCGGCACUGGCAUGCGCGACAGGGGCGCGUCUCGCACGUCUAUGACGUCGGCGCACUCGCAGUCCACAGAUGGCGGUGGUGAUGUGCGGUCCCGGCGUAGCGAUACGGGCAUGCUUCUGGCACAGCUUGGCGCAGACAAGGACGACGGCGAAGCGUUGCGGCUGUUCCUGGCAACGCUGGAUAUGCAGGAGUUUGCGCGCGUGUUUGAGGACGAGGGCAUGUCGCUUGAGGACCUGCAGCAGUGCAGCGCAGCAGACCUCAAGAAACUUGGCCUGCCGUCUGGCGUGCGGAAGAAACUCACUGCCGCGCUCGACUCGGCAUGAGCGGGAGCAGCAGAGAUGAUGCGGGUGGGGGAUCAGGGGAAUGAGGGAGUGUUGAAGUGAUGUGCAGCGAGGUAGGAAGGAUGCUACGGAGAGGAAGAGAGAAAGAAAGGAAGAGAGGAAGAGGGGGCUGGUGGGUGGUGCAGUGGUGAUGAGUGAUUAUGAACCGAAGCGGGUGAGGGGCGUAUGGGUGGCUAUUUCUUGAGGGUGUGAGAGAGUAGCAGUGUGGGACUCGACUGCUUACACGGUGGCGUGAUGGCAUGGCAAACCGCCCUCAACGAUUCAAUUAAACACAGCAAGCAAGUCAACA